AGCAGCCAUUCAGAGACUCCGCUGGGCGCCACGUGACGCGCGCAGGAGCGUAGAGUGGAAGCGCUGUGUUCUUGUGAAAAACUCUUGUGCUGCUUUCAUGGCGGUAUGUGGCGGACAACACACAAUAAAAACAAUAUAACUUCACGCUAAUUAAUGGCGCAGGAAUGAUGGAAAAGACUGAAGAGCCUCCUUCCUUAAACACCGAGGAAGAGGGUUCUGAAAAAGACAAAAUCUGGUGUUUACAGCGUGUGGGGAAGGACCGUGACUGGCUGCAUCUGUUCGAGGGCUCAGAGGUUUCUGUUGGCCGUGGUCUAAAUGUGACCCAUCAGAUUCUGUCGACCAGCUGUCCGCUGAUGAUAUCCAGAAUUCACUGUUUGUUGAAGAAAAAUGAUGAUGGAGAGUGGACGGUGACGGAUAAUAAGAGUCUGAAUGGCGUGUGGAUAAACGGGAGCCGGAUACCGGCUGGAAACCCCUUUUUACUCAAGCAGGGUGACUCUGUGCGGCUCGGCGUCCCUCUCGACGGUAACCCCGUGGAGUUCGACUACAUCCUCGUCCAGAAGAACUUCAGUGAAGUCAAAUCCUUCCUGUCUGGGAAUCUUAGCAAAGAAUCUGACGCCGCUUCUGUAGGCCAAAAACUGAAAAACUCAAAGCGUAAGUUAGAUGCAGACGAGUCGGAGCUGUGUCCCACACAGAACUCCAAAUCCAAGCUGUACCGCAGCUCCGGCCCGGAUAAGUCUCGUGCGCAGCCCUGUCCGUCCGGGGAACGCCGGGAAACGGAGCAGUUCUUCUCUAAACCUCUGGAGGAGGACAGAAGCGGCGAUAAAGCGGGAAGCAGCUCGAGCAGCGGCAGUGAAAGAAGUCAGCAGCUGGCUAGCGUACACCGCUACAACAGAACCCUGAUGGUCCUGAAGGGCCGCGUGGGCCACACGCAGAAGCGCGCGGCGGAGCUGGAGCUGCUGCAGCACCAGACGCCGGAGCGAGAGCGGGAGAUGCAGGAUCUGCAGGCGCAGCUGGAGCUGCUGCGGGGUCAGCUGAGGUCGCAGCAGGAGCAGGCUCUCAAACGCAUGGAGACCCUGGAGAAAUCCUUCUGUGAGGAAGAGCGACGCCUGGAGACUGAAAAAGCACAACAGAAUGAGGAAGGCUUGAAAAAACAACUUGAGGAGGCGUUGAAAGAGCACCGGAAAGUUAUUGAGGAGCUCAAACACGCUCGUGAAGGAUUCAAGGAAGUUCUUCAAGCCAAAGAUAAGGAGCUGGAAGUUACAAAGGAAGAGAAAGAAAAGGCCAAAGCUCAGAAAGAAGAAGUGGUCACACAGAUGACUGAAGUGUUAGAGAGUGAACUGCAAUGCAGUAUUUGUUCUGAGCUCUUCAUUGAGGCCGUGACGCUGAACUGCGCCCACAGCUUCUGUCAGCACUGUAUCCGAGAGUGGCGCAAUCGCAAGGACAAGUGUCCCAUGUGUUGGCAGUCCAUCACGUCUCAGACGCGCUCUCUGGUCCUGGACAACUGCAUCGACCGCAUGGUGGAGAACCUGAGCGCCGACAUGAGAGAGAGACGCCUCGUGCUGAUCAACGAGCGGAAAGGUCAGAAAGCAAGCGUCUCUCCAGCAGUCGUGGUAAUAAAUGACGACAGCGACAGCAGCAGCAGCAGCGACACGUUCUUUCAGAGCGACAGCUCUGUGUUCCUGGACUCCUCCGAGUCUAACGACUCUCUGGUUCAUUAUCCCAUCGAUGACGACUCGUCCUGGACUGAUGAGGACGAUUAUCUCUGAGAAACACACGCACAUGUGAAGAACACAGGCACAGCUCAUUUAUUUGGUUUUGUUUAGCCAUGCUAUUUUUAUGUUUGUAGCUCACUGUAUGACUUGUUUGGGCUUUUCUUGUUAAAAUAAACUUUAUAAUUAUUUUGCA